AGUUCCCCAAGCCUUGUUAAUGCGCAAAGAUGCUUCCAUUGUUGGUCUUUAAAAGCAUUAUUUUCGCGGUAGUGCCUUUAAUACUUACGACAUGUUCAGCUUAUGAGAUACCCAGUGUUAAAGUGGAUGUAUUAAGAAGUGGAUUUAACUUAACAAUAGCAGAUGAACCAGGAAUCAAAAAGGUUCUAUACAUUGUAAGAAUCAAUGGAGAAUGCCCUGGAUUUAUGGACUUAAUAGACAAAUCACAACCUGAUUGGACUGCCUCUCACUUGGCUACUGAACUUAAGGAUAAAGAUAUGUUGGAUAUUUCAAUAUUAGUAGACCACAAUGGUGAGGCGUAUAAGACCUUUCAAAAUCUCAUAGUUGGCACAAAUAAUAACCAAGGAAUUAUCAAAAGAAACCUCCCACGAAAAUGUUACGGAAACAACUCCUUGAAUAUAGAUUGCAAGCCAUCUCAAACCCUUGUUGCCGACAAAUUGGAAAUUUGCAAAGAUCAACUUAUCUUCGAAGAGAAUUUUGAUGGUCCUACAAUAAAUGCAGAAAAAUGGUCCUUUGAUAUAAGAAACUUAGUAACGGGCAGGCAAACCGAUGAAUUCGUUGUGUACGAUAACCAUGGGGAUAAUAUUUUUCUCAAUGAAGGUUCUUUACACAUUAAGCCCACUUUUACACAAGAGGAAUUGAGAAAAGCGUCCAUAGAUUUUGGAUCUCGGUGUACGCCAGUAGAAAAUGUUGUGACCGAAUGCAAAUUAAUGGCCAAACCACCCCGUAUAUAUGUGCCACCAGUAAAUUCGUCGCAAAUUCAUACAAGAGAAACUUUCAGAUUUAAAUACGCUAGGAUUGAGAUAAAAGCUAAGCUACCUAAAGGCGAUUGGUUGUUGCCCUAUAUAAUGAUACAAAAUAAUGCCCCAUUCGAUAGAAAACAAAUGCGCAUAGCCUUUGCCCGAGGCAAUGAGCAGCUGACCGUAGCCAACGAUUUAAAAGAUAUCGGGGGGCGGCUACUAUAUGGCGGCAUUGUUAAAAAUCUGGAGGAGCACAAUACGUAUUUCAAAGAGUAUUAUGGAAUUUCACAUUUUGGAAAUGGCUUUCAUGUUUAUACGUUGACAUGGACUAAUGAAGCAAUUUCCAUGGCAGUUGAUGGCCUCAUGUAUGGUCAAAUUUUCGAUAAUAUUGAUGAAUAUUUUUUCAUCACUCUCGGUGUAUCGGCUGGUGGACACCUUGAGUUUCCCGAUAAUCUAGUUAACCCCAAUGUAAAACCAUGGAAAAAUACAUCCCCCAAAGCAGUAAAAUCCUUUUGGCAGUCCAUCGAAAAUGGCACAAUAGCAUGGAAUGAGGAAAGUCGACACAUGAUAAUCGAUUAUGUUAGGGUCUAUGCUGUAUGAAUCACUGUUUGUAGUUUGUGCACCGAUUUGGUUUACAAUUUCGUAUGGAAAUUUUAAUAAAAAACAAAUGUCGGUAAAAAUUA